AUGAAGCCAUCAUGGUGGCCAGAAGAUGUUGCAUACAGGAAUGCGAACUGGGGAAAAGACAAGCCGCAUUUUGAUGAGUUAGUCAAAAUAAUGGAAGCAUUUAAUAAUGAUUAUUGUUGCAUCAGUAGUAGUAGUAGGAAUAUUCAUAGAGUUGAAAGUGGUUCAGAGAGUGGUCAAAGUGAUGGUGGUGGUAGUGAUGAUGAUAAUAGAGGAGGUGAUGCUGGUGAUGAUAAUAAUUAUGGUGAUGAUAAAAGAGGUGGUGAUGAUGGUGAUGAUAAUUAUGAUGGUGAUGAUAGAAGAGGUAGUGAUGAUGGUGAUGAUAAUUAUGAUGGUGAUGAUAGAAGAGGUAGUGAUGAUGGUGAUGGUUGUGCUGACUUUAAUAAUGGUAGUCGAGGAUUUGGUGGUGGUGGUCCACUUGGCAACCAAGAGUGUGUGGAAGGAGGUCCAUCAGAAAUUGCUGGUGCAAAGGAAGAUGUUGACGUGAUGGAAAUUGGAAUCCAUAGUCCUCUUAGCACAAUACAAAGAAAAGAAUUACAGAUAAAAGCUGGUUAG